UGUUAUACUACUAAAUCUCCAACAGGUGGCAAUGCGCUCUCCUGUUCAUCUGAUUGCAGUCCUGCAAGAACAAGAACAAGAAUUGUUCACGUGGUGGGUGCAAAACAACCCUUUUCAUGUUUGAUUAUCCAGCUAAAAUAACACUCUAGUUUUAAGGUGAAGAGGAAACAUGGGUCGCUCCUCCAAAGACAAGCGAGAUAUUUACUACAGGCUUGCGAAAGAGGAAGGCUGGAGAGCAAGAAGUGCCUUUAAACUUCUUCAGCUGGAUGAAGAGUUCAACCUUUUUAAAGGUGUGAGUCGUGCUGUGGAUCUGUGUGCAGCACCUGGAAGCUGGAGCCAAGUCCUGAGCCGCAAACUCCGUGGGAAAGACAAAAAUGAAGAGGUAAAGAUCGUUGCAGUAGACCUGCAAGCUAUGGCCCCCUUGCCUGGUGUCACACAAAUUCAGGGGGACAUUACUAAGAUUUCUACAGCACAGGAGAUCAUUCGACAUUUUGAAGGGCAGUCUGCAGAUUUGGUUGUGUGUGAUGGCGCACCUGAUGUUACAGGGCUUCAUGAUGUAGAUGAGUACAUUCAGGCACAGCUCCUGUUAGCGGCUCUCAAUAUCACCACUCAUGUUCUUAAACCAGGUGGCAACUUUGUGGCUAAAAUCUUCAGGGGAAAAGAUGUGACCCUUCUGUACUCGCAGCUCAAAAUCUUUUUCGGUUCUGUAACCUGUGCCAAACCACGCAGCAGCCGCAACUCAAGCAUAGAGGCAUUUGUGGUUUGUCAGCAUUAUUCCCCACCUGAGGGAUAUAUCCCCAACAUGUCCAACCCCUUACUGGAUCAUUCUUACGAUGUGGACUUUAACCAGUUAGAGGGACCAAACCGAAUAAUAGUCCCAUUCCUCGCUUGUGGAGAUCUUAGUGCCUUUGAUUCAGACAGGACUUAUCCACUUCAGCUUGAUUCCUCUAAAGAGUAUCAGUACCUACCACCCACACAGCCUCCAAUUCGACCCCCUUACCAGCAAGCCUGUCAGCUUCGCAAGAAUAACCUGUUAGCCAAAGAGGAUUCACCCGCUGGAGCACUUGAUAAUGCUUUGUCUACAUUAGACCUCAACACGAGUCAGGACCCUAACACAGUAACACAGGAUCCCUCGAAUUAAUUGAACAUUUUGAUUUGUACUGCUUUUAUGGUUAUUUGUUUUAUCGUGAUCGAACAACAGUUAUUUUUAAAGUUUUACAAUCGGCAAAGGUAAUUCAUUAACUUUUUAUGUAUUUAUUAAUAGGAUAACUUUUACAAGUCUUACAAGAACUUAGAAUUCACAAAGAUUCUUAGUAACACUUUACAAUAAGGUUUAGUUAACUUUAGUUGAUGAACAAUGAGCAACAUAGUUUUACAACAUUUAUUCAUAUUUGUUCAUGCAAAUACAGUUUGUCUCCCUUUGUUCAUUAGGUCAUUGUGUCGUUUUUUAUGUUAACAGAUACACCUUUUUAUUUGGAAAAUUGGA